UUGUCGGUAGUGGUUUGCAAUUUGUAGUUAGAGAAUUGUGAUCUGUGUGCAAUGUUGUGAAGUGAUAACUGAGAAAUGGAGUUUUAUUUCAAGAAUUUUGUAGUAAUUUAUUGAAAAUGAUUUUUGUUUGAUGAAAUAGUUGUGUGAUAAUCAAUAACAAUGUCGUUAGAGAUACCAUUAAUGAGCACCGAUGAGGUGAUAGAACUUGAUCCGGAGCUAUUGCCAUCGGGUAAUGAAGUUCUUGGUAUCUUACAACAAGAACGGUCCCAACUUAAUGUUUGGAUAAAUGUUGCACUGGCUUAUUAUAAACAAAAAAAGAUCGAUGAUUUCCUUAAAAUCUUGGAGGCGUCCCGUGUGGACGCCAACAUUGACUAUAGAGACUUUGAGAGAGACCAGAUGCGAGCUUUGGAUAUGCUUGCAGCUUAUUAUGUUCAAGAAGCAAAUAAAGAAAAAUCAAAGGACAAGAAAAAAGAUCUCUUUACUAAAGCAACCUUACUUUAUACAAUGGCAGAUAAAAUUAUUAUGUAUGACCAGAACCAUCUCCUUGGCCGUGCUUAUUUUUGUCUUCUUGAGGGUGAUAAAAUGGGACAAGCUGAUACCCAGUUUAAUUUUGUUCUCAAUCAAUCUCCUAACAAUGUUCCUUCACUACUUGGAAAAGCAUGUAUUGCCUUCAACCGAAAAGAUUAUAGAGGGGCCUUAGCAUUCUAUAAAAAAGCAUUGAGAACAAAUCCUAAUAGUCCAGCAGCACUACGUCUUGGAAUGGGCCAUUGUUUUAUGAAACUUAACAAUCAAGAAAAAGCUAGAAUGGCAUUUGAAAGAGCUUUGCAGCUCGAUCCUCAAUGUGUGGGAGCACUUGUUGGUCUCUCUAUAUUGAAAUUAAAUCAACAUGAGAGUGAAUCAAAUAAAAUGGCAGUUAUAAUGCUUUCUAAGGCUUAUGCCAUUGAUCCUAAGAACCCUAUGGUUCUUAAUCACUUGGCAAAUCAUUUCUUUUUCAAAAAGGAUUAUGGUAAAGUUCAACAUCUGGCAUUACAUGCUUUCCAUAAUACGGAAAACGAAGCUAUGAGGGCAGAGAGUUGCCAUCACUUAGCAAGAGCUUUUCACGCACAAGGAGACUGUGAUCAGGCCUUCCAGUAUUAUUAUCAGGCAACACAGUUUGCCCCACCUAAUUUUGUAUUGCCACACUACGGGCUAGGGCAAAUGUAUAUUUAUAGAGGAGAUACUGAAAAUGCAGCACAAUGCUUUGAAAAAGUACUGAAAGCACAACCAGGUAACUAUGAAACUAUGAAGAUCUUGGGUUCCCUAUAUGCCAACUCCCCUUCACAACUUCAACGGGAUAUUGCCAGACAACAUUUAAAGAAGGUGACAGAACAGUUCCCUGAUGAUGUCGAAGCUUGGAUCGAAUUGGCACAAAUAUUGGAACAAAAUGAUUUACAGGGCUCCUUAAACGCAUACAGUACAGCGAUGAAAAUUUUAAAAGACAAAGUGAAUGCUGACAUCCCAGCUGAGAUUCUGAACAAUGUUGCCGCACUGCAUUAUCGUCUUGGAAACUUGACUGACGCAAUGAAAUACUUAGAAGAAGCCUUGGAAAGGGAAAAAGCGGACGCAGAAACGCUGGAUGCGCAAUACUACAACUCCAUUGCUGUGACUACUAUGUACAACUUGGCACGCCUCAAUGAAGCACUCUGCAUGUACAACAAGGCAGAGAAGUUGUACAAGGAUAUACUUAAGGAACAUCCUAACUACAUUGAUUGCUAUCUUAGGUUGGGUUGUAUGGCGCGCGGCAAGGGUCAGAUCUACGAAGCAUCUGACUGGUUCAAAGAGGCUUUGAAGGUGAAUCUGGAGCACGCUGAUUCCUGGUCUCUGCUGGGAAACUUGCAUUUAGGACAACAGGAAUGGGGACCUGGGCAGAAGAAAUUUGAAAGGAUUCUGCAAAAUGCCUCCACUUCUAGUGAUGCAUAUUCACUAAUCGCUCUCGGCAAUGUUUGGCUGCAAACUCUACACCAACCGGGUCAAGAGAAAGAUCGCGAAAAGCGUCACCAAGAAAGGGCGCUAACUAUGUACAAACAGGUGUUGAAGAACGAUCCUAAGAACAUUUGGGCGGCAAAUGGAAUUGGAUGCGUACUGGCACAGAAGGGUUGCGUGAACGAAGCCAGGGACAUAUUCGCACAAGUCCGCGAAGCUACGGCAGAUUUCCCUGAUGUCUGGAUGAAUAUUGCACACAUUUAUGUCGAACAGAAACAAUAUAUCAACGCCAUACAAAUGUACGAAAACUGCAUUCGCAAAUUCCGCAAACAACACGACGUGGAAUGGUUGACUUGGCUAGCACGAGCUCAAACUCUCGCGGGACGUUCGAGAGCCGCGCGAUCGACUUUACUCAGGGCGAGGCGAGUGGCGCCACACGACGGGGCCUUGUUGUUCAACACGGCGUUGGCCUUGCGGAGAUUGGCUGCCCACGUGCUCAAGGACGAGAGGUCGGAGUUGAAGGUCGUGCUACGUGCGGUUCACGAGUUGCACGUGUCCCACAGGUACUUCCAACGCCUAUCCACAGUGGAGGGCGCUGAAAGAGCCCGCUAUGAGCCAGCUGCUGCUGCAGCCGAGGCUCGGGCCUGCGCUGACCUUCUCUCACAGGCGCAGUGGCAUGUGGCAAGGGCAAGGAGGCAACACGAGGAAGAGGUCACUCUUAGGGACCGCCAGAGGGAGCAAAGAGAAGCCUUCCGGAGGCAACAGGAAGACGAUCGCAAACGUCGCGAAGAAGAACAAGCGAAGAGUACAGUGGAGAUGUUGCAGAAGAGGCAAGAGUACAAAGAGAAGACAAAGAACGCUCUGCUCUUUGCAGAUAUGCCGCUUGAGGGCAAGUCUAAGGGAAGAGGACGAAGACGAGACGAAUACAUUUCGGAUUCGGGCAGUGGAAGUGAUCGGCCGAGGGAGGAAGGCCGCGAACCGAAGCAACGUAAACGCAAACGUGAAGGAGGCGAAGGCAAGAAACGCGGUCGUAAAGCUCGCGACAAACGCGGCAGCGGCAGCGACAGUGAUCCUCCGAGGAAGAAGGGAAAGAAACGGGGAGAAAAAGGUAUCGGUCGCCGCGAAAAAGCCAAAAUGGCUGAAGACAAGCUUGGCUCCAAACAAAGGGCUAAGAUCGUUUCGAAAGAGACUAUUUCUACGUCAGAAUCGGACUCGGACACCAGUCGCAAGUCGCGCAGUCGCAGUCGUAGUCGCAGCGGCAGUCGCAGCCCACCCGCUAAUAAGGGCCGGAAGAGAAUCAUGUCGGCAUCUGAUAGUGACAGAUCUCGCUCAAAGAGCCGAUCGAAGUCUAGGAGUCGCUCAGGGUCUGCUAAAAGCCGCUCAAGAUCUAAGAGUCGGUCAAGAUCUAAAAGUGGAUCUAGAUCCAGGUCUAGGUCUAAAUCUAGGAACAGAUCCAAAUCCAGAGGUCGCUCCAAGUCCAGAGGUCGCUCCAAGUCCAGAGGUAGCUCAAAGUCCAGAAGUCGCUCCAAGUCCGGAAGCCGCUCCAAGUCUAGAAGUCGUUCCAAGUCUAGGAGUCGCUCUAAGUCUAGGAGUCGGUCCAAGUCCAGAAGUCGUUCGAAAUCAAGAAGCAGGUCUAAGUCCAGAAGCAAAUCGAGGUCUAGGUCUAAGAGCCGUUCUCGGUCUAGAUCCAAGAGCCGUUCUAAAUCUAGGUCUAAAAGCGGAUCACGAAGUCGUUCUGGAUCCCGUUCGCGGUCUGGAUCCAGGAACUCUAGACCCGACACACCCGAGUCCAGAAAAUCUGUGUCGGCAAGUGAAGAUGAAGCCUAGACAUAUAACAAUUACCUCAAAGGUAUAUCUAAUUGUUUUAACUAGUUUUCCCCCAGUCUUUCCUCAUCUACAAAAUUGUUUUAAUAGAACCCAAUUCCAAUACAAAUUAUGUGUUACACAAAGACCGCUGCCGUC